AGGCACGAGUUAUACCGAAUGUACUUGAAGCGUCAUUUGAGAAGUGGGUUGCUGUUGUGUAACAGGUUAAACUUUGCCCAGUGUUUUACCGAGUUUGUCUUCGCCGUUAUACACUGGACCUGUGUUUGUGAGGCGUCUUUGUAACCCACCCAGAUAUCGAAGGAGAAAACUGACACGGAUAGUGCGGGCAGACCUCGACCGACCACCACAACCAUGAGUAAUCAGAACAUCGGCCACAACCCUCCUCAGCCAAUGACACCUAUGGACCGCGUACGCCCACAUGUUCGCGGCCUCCGUCCUGCCUGCUGGGUAGGGAAUGUGGACGAGGUGAGACGUGUCCUGGAUCAGACUACGGACGACAUCGACGGUAUUGGAGACGGGAGAAUGACCCCGGUGAUGGAUGCUGCCGUGUAUGGCCAUAGUGAUAUCGUGGCGCUGCUUGUUGAGAAAAGAGCGGAUCUGUUACUGCGGGACUUGGACGGUAAAAACGUCCUUCACUACGCCUGUCGGGGAGGAGAUGUGAGGACGGUGCAGUUCUUACUGUCCCAGGAUGGGGUGCAGGUCAACAGUGAAGAUGUAGGGAACACAACACCGGUGAUGGAUGCUGCCCGGUAUGGCCAUAGGGAUAUCGUGGAGCUGCUUGCUAAGAAAGGAGCGGAUCUGUCACUGCGGGACUCUGACGGUAACAACGUCCUUCACCACGCCUGUCAGGAAGGACAUGCGAGGACGGUGCGGUUCUUACUGUCCCAGAAUGGGGUGCACGUCAACGGUGAAGGAGGAGGGAACAGAACACCGGUGAUGGAUGCAGCAAAGCAGGGACAUAGAUAUAUCGUGGGGCUGCUUGCUUGUAACUACGCGGAUCUGUCACUGCGGGACUCUGGCGGUAACAACGUCCUUCACCUCGCCUGUCAGGGAGGACAUGCGUGGACGGUGCGGUUGAUACUGGAGAUGAGGUUGGUGGACGUCAACGCUAGGAACAACGUCGAGCAGACAGCGGCUGACGUGGCGAGAAACGGGGGACAUCGUCAACUGGUGGAUCUCCUGGUGUCACAUGGUGCUCGGUGAAGAUGUUGGUGCAGACAGUGACGGUGAAGGUGUUGUGUGCCGUCGUCGUGCCUAGAAUGUAAACUCUGGGAGAGAAUUAAUGUUGUGUUUGAGGAGAAAUAAAACGCAUUGAAAAUA